CCAGAAAAAUCGGAAAGCUACAAUGAUCCCCAGAAGAAGUGCAUGCAUCACCUAGCAAGUCACGAAAUGAAGCUCCAAAAACUGCCUCUUCUUACUCUCUGUCACAUUAGUUCACUGCUGCUCGUCUCAGCUCAGUCCACUGAUCAGCCUCCGUUCUCAUGUGACUCAUCUGAUCCACUAACCAAAUCCUACCCUUUUUGCAAAACUACACUCCCCAUAAACCAAAGAGUUCAAGACCUGGUCUCCAGACUUACAUUAGAUGAGAAGAUAUCUCAACUUGUUAACUCAGCUCCCCCUAUUUCAAGACUGGGCAUCCCUGGCUAUGAAUGGUGGUCUGAAGCCUUACAUGGCGUAGCCUUUGUGGCCAACAUAAGCCAGGGUAUCCGUUUCAAUGGAACAAUUCAAUCUGCCACCAGUUUUCCUCAAGUCAUCCUCACUGCUGCUUCCUUUGAUCCUUAUCUUUGGUACCGCAUUGGUCAGGCUAUCGGAAUAGAAGCUAGAGGAAUAUAUAAUGCUGGACAAGCAAGAGGCAUGACAUUUUGGACGCCAAAUAUUAACAUAUAUAGGGAUCCAAGGUGGGGAAGAGGGCAAGAAACACCUGGUGAGGAUCCGUUGGUUACAGGGAAAUAUGCAGUGUCAUUUGUAAGAGGAAUACAAGGCGACUCUUUUGAAGGAGGGAAGCUUGGUGAGAAUCUUCAAGUUUCAGCUUGUUGUAAGCAUUUUACCGCUUAUGAUUUGGAUAACUGGAAAGGAAUCAACCGAUUUGUCUUUGAUGCAAAUGUAACCAUACAGGAUUUAGCAGAUACAUAUCAGCCUCCAUUCCAGAGUUGCAUACAGAAAGGGAAAGCCAGUGGGGUAAUGUGUGCUUAUAAUCGUAUUAAUGGAGUUCCCAACUGCGCAGAUUACAAUCUCUUGUCCAAAACAGCCCGAGGACAGUGGGGUUUCGAUGGGUACAUCACCGCAGACUGUGAUGCUGUCUCCAUCAUUUAUGAUGAACAAGGAUAUGCCAAAGAACCGGAGGACGCUGUAGCUGAUGUUCUUAAAGCUGGAAUGGACAUUGACUGUGGUGAAUAUUUGAAGAACUACACCGAAUCAGCUGUCAAAAAGAAAAAAGUGUCUGUAACUGAAAUUGAUAGAGCCCUCCACAACCUUUUCUCAAUUAGAAUGAGGCUGGGACUUUUCAACGGCAAUCCAACUAAACAGCCUUUCGGCAACAUUGGUUCAGACCAAGUCUGCUCCCAAGAACACCUGAAUCUUGCCCUUGAGGCUGCUCGCAAUGGCAUUGUCCUUCUUAAAAACACUGACAGACUCCUUCCACUUUCAAAUACAAAAACUAAUUCUCUUGCUGUAAUAGGCCCUAAUGCCAAUUCCACAGAAACGCUUGUUGGAAACUAUGCUGGCCCUCCUUGCGAACCUAUUACACCAUUGCAAGGAUUGCAAAGUUAUAUCAAGAACACCAACUAUCACCCAGGUUGUAGUACAGUUAAUUGUUCUUCUGAUUUAACUGAUCAAGCAGUAAAGAUGGUGGCAGGAGCAGACCAGGUGGUACUAGUAAUGGGAUUGGAUCAAACCCAAGAGAGGGAAGCUCAUGAUCGUGUAGACUUGGUUCUUCCCGGAAAUCAACAGAAGCUGAUUUCUAACGUUGCAAGAGCUGCAAAUAAGCCUGUCAUUCUGGUGCUACUUUGUGGAGGUCCAGUAGACAUAACCUUUGCCAAGAAUGACCAAAACAUUGGAAGCAUUAUAUGGGCUGGCUAUCCAGGUGAAGCUGGAGGACAGGCGUUAGCCGAAAUUAUUUUUGGUGAUCACAACCCAGGAGGGAGAUUGCCGAUGACUUGGUAUCCACAAAGUUUCAUUAAAAUACCAAUGACAGACAUGAGAAUGCGUCCUGAACCAUCUUCAGGUUAUCCUGGACGUACUUACAGAUUCUACCAAGGGCCAAAGGUUUUUGAAUUUGGCUACGGGCUCAGCUACUCAAAUUAUUCUUAUGAAAUUCUCCCUGUAACACAAAACAAGGUCUAUCUAAACAAUCAGUCAAUAGACAAAAUGGCUGUGGCAUACAAGUCAGUUUCAGAGAUGGGAACAGAGCUCUGUGAAAAGAGCAAGUUCCCAGUCACAGUAGGAGUUCAAAACAAUGGUGAGAUGUCAGGUAAGCACGCGGUGCUGCUGUUUGUGAGGCAAGCAAAGCCUGGCAAUGGGAGACCAAUGACACAGCUGGUUGGAUUCAACAGUAUUGAUCUGAAAGCAGGGGAAAGAGCUGAAAUUAAAUUUGAGUUGAGCCCUUGUGAGCAUCUUAGUAGUGCAAAUGAAGAUGGUUUGAUGGUGAUAGAUGAAGGGUCCCAUUUCUUGAGCAUUGGAGACAAAGAAUCAGAGAUUACAGUCGCUUUCUCAUCUGAUACUAGUGGCGGAGCCGCAUCAAGGCAGGAGGGGGCUAUUGUCCUCCCAAGAAUUUUGAAAUUGUUUUACAUAUGUUCAUUGCUAUGCAUAUUGUUUUGAAAUAAAUCUCCUGAAAUGAAUUAAUGGGCCUCCCCAAUUCAAUUUCUA